AUGGAAGGCCGGGGACUACUGUCAGUUGGUGCCGUCAGCAAGGUGCCGCAGCAGCUUACCAUUCCUUGUUUGGGCCGCCGCCCUACGCCGCCGCACCAUCGAAGACGGGUCGGCGCUGCCUCUGCGUCUUCGGCUUGGGCCAUUGGGACGCUGGUAGCCUGCAGGCAUCGGGGAAGGCGCUCCGCUUGCUGCGCGGAAGGCGAUACUGGCGAUGAAGUCCAGGUAAGCACACCAAGUUCCGCAUGCAUUACGCCCAUUGGGCCCUUCUGCCCGUACCGGUCCUCUGCAUGUGCGUGGGACAGCGAGCUCAGCAAAGGUAUGAGCGACCUGACCAACGAGUCUCCAGAAUUUGCAGUGGAGAUGAGCCGAAUGCAGCUCGAUAUGCAGAUGGGCCGGGAGCCGGACUCUCAGCGCAUGGGACAACUGGCCGACAAGCUGGAGCAGUCCUACCAGAAGUGGAAUGGCCUGAUGACCAGACUUCGGCUGAGCAGCGACUUCCAAAGCCGCGAGUAUUUCAAGCUCACCUUGAGCCACCUCGAUGGUCGUAGCAUCGAAGACCUCGGCAAGAUGGUCCAGUACCAAGUCGACUGUAUGAGGGCAGUUGCUACUGGCGGCAUGAUUCCACCUGUGCCGGUGGGCGUGGAUAUGACGCCUCCGAAGGAAGGCUUGCCCUCGGCCGCCGCCUCCCCCAACAUGAUCACAGCAGAGCCCUUCGACAGCUCGGCCUUUACCAACGAAGUUGUCAAGGAGGAAUAUGCAGCGUUGUGCCGGGACCACCAGCAGGUGAUCAUCAUGGGGGAGUCCUUCGGCAACUUUGACCCGCUGGGGAAGAUCGCCUUCCUCGACCAGCUCGAGAAGAUCGAGGAGCGAUGGGACAUCUUCUUCGGGCGCUUGGGCCUGCUUGGAGCUCUCAGCCCGGACUACAAGGAGCAGAGCGCGGAAUUUCUUAGUUCUAUGGGCUUGUCUGGCCCGCAGUUUCGGAAGCUCCUGCGGAGGGCGCAUCAGCAAAUGCGUGACGACGCCGAACGUGAGCGGGGUCUGAACCCAUGA